AGAUUACAGAACAGAAAAGAUGGACCGACUUGUGUUGAUCUAUGUUUCUUAUUUGCUCUUCGCUUGUAUUACAGGAGAAGGAUGCAAGAGACAUAGAGAUUCCAAAUAUAAGAUGGGAAGUUUUUGAGUUGAUGAUGAGAUUCAUAUACACUGGAUCAGUGGAUAUUACAUUGGAUAUUGCCCAAGAUCUCCUUAGAGCUGCUGAUCAAUAUCUCUUGGAAGGACUCAAGCGGCUUUGUGAAUAUACCAUUGCACAGGAUAUAUCAUUAGAAAAUGUUUCAAGCAUGUAUGAGCUGUCAGAAGCAUUCCACGCCAUAUCAUUGAGGCAUACAUGCAUUUUGUUCAUUUUGGAGCAGUUUGAAAAAUUAAGUGCUAGGCCAGGGUAUGCGCUUUCUCUAACCUUCGUGUACUGCGGCUUAUUUGAAUAUUGUUUUUAGAACAUUCGAAGGGAA